AUGGUACUGUGCUCUGAGGCCUGUGUUUCUGGCUCGGGAGGAGAGUCGUCCAGCAGUGAGGGAGGUUCGAGCUGCCUUCAGUUUGGAGUUCGUUCCUAUCUGCACCACUUCUAUGAAGAGUGCUCAUCCUCCAUGUGGGACAGAGACUCGGAGGUUCGGGGCUUUGUCCAGAGGCAGAGGUCAGCCCUGUGGUGGAACUCAGCAGUCUGGAAGGUGUCCUUGGCCCUGGGUCUCCUGAUCCUCACUGCAGGCAUCGUCACCCUCUCAGUCGGUUACUCCACUCCUCACAAAAUCGAGUCAUUCGGAGAAGGAGACCUGUUCUUCGUGGACACCCAGGCCGUCAGCUUUAACAGGGGGCUGCACGCCAGCGCUGCAGCCGGGAUCGGGCUCUCCUGCCUCGGCUCUGCCCUGGCGGCGAUGGGGGCGGUCGUUUGGAUCCUCAACAGGGCAAACUUGAAAGAGAGGCUUUUCCACAAACCAGGGGAAGGGGAACGAAGAGGAGAGCUGGGGUCAAAGUGGAGGGGAUGUAGGGAUCUGGGGGAUGUGGUCACUAAGCCGCCAGGUACAGAGGAAGGAAAGACGCCUUUCACUCUGUCGAAAGUAGAAAAUGUGCAGCCCGCUUCGUAAAAGUAUGAUGCCUGCUGAGCAACAGGGUGCACAGGCUUUUGUUCUAGUCUUGGGGCCUUGUUUACGUGCUCUUAUCACAGUUUCAGAUCCAUUUUUUUAAGGGAUAAAAGUGUCAUUUUAGCACGCAAAUUGUUCCCAAGGAGGCUGUUUUGUGAUUACAGGAAGAUAUUAGAUCUCAGCAAGGUACUAUAAAGACCUACAAGGCUUUAAAGCACAAGUUGAACUACUUUCCUAAAACAUCUAAAUUCAAAUGUGAGGCCCCAAGACUAUAAACCUGAGACCUUGCAGCUCUCUUAAACACCUCGUAGUGCAGCUUAGGGACAUAGCUGUUGACUGUAGACUGUGUCUGUGCAGUGCACUUGUGUUAUAUUUUUAAAAAUGCAUUGCCUCAACAGUCGAAGGGAGCAGAAUUCUUGUGACUGAUAGAAAUUCAUGUUUUAUCCUCUCACUUGCUGGUGUUUGUUGUAUUUUUGUUCUUUCUUCUUCUGGUAGUUGUUUUUCAAAUAGCAGCGGUGUCAGCUUCCCGUGUAGACAAGGUGGUAAUACUGCAUGAAUCCAUGUGAAAACCUGCGUUUCCAUUCACACACAGAUGUUACUGAUGCAAGACUCAUUAACAUUUCUGCAUCCACAUUUUCACAUAUCUACACUAAUGCUUGGCCCGCCGUGUUCGACGCGUGUACAGUCACAUGCGCUCUCUCGCUCACCCACACACCCACACGCAUGCACAAAUUUGUGCUCCAUUGACAGUAUCACCUAUUUUCACCCCACUGUAAUCUGGCUCUGUAAUUGCCUGCAAUCUGUGUAUCCAGGCAACAGUUAGGCUUCAAGUGCUCUAUUUUGAACUCCGAACAAAGAGUCUUUUCUGAUUGGUCCCUCGCUUCCCCUCUCUUUAUUUUCACACCAAUCAGCUUUUUUGUUUACAGGCACACACAGUAGUAGCGAGUAAGUGGUGAAGGGCUGAGGCGAGAGGAAUUUGCACUGGCACCUUAGAGGCCACCUGUGUGAUUGGGUCCUCCAAUUUGUUAUAAUAGAGAGUACAAGUGAGAGAGAGGGGAAAAAAAAAAAAGUGAAAAAACAGCGGAGCAACCAUGAUGUUCUGCUAUAAUGGCACUGAUCCCAUUGUAUGCUGUUAUUGGUGUUUCACUGUUUUGUUGUGUUAUUGGGUAUUAUUAGGAUAAUGGAGUGAAAUAAGGUUUAGUGUCACUGGUAUAAAAAAAGCAAACAGCCAAAAUAAACUUGUGAUCUGCAAACCUAA